AUGGCGUCGUCCGAUGAUUCAGACUCGGAUGGUUUCGAUUCGUGCUCCGAGACCUUCGACGACGCGCGGUCGGGCGCGCCCGAUCCGUCAAGUGCGGGGCGCGGAGGGAACGUCGACGACGGGGACGACGACGAGGCCGGGUCUGAAGGGUUCGAUACCCCGGACGAGUUCGAGGACGCGCGCUCCGUGCUCUCAGACGUAUCAGCCGCGCCGCUCGACACCUGCGCCGCCGCCGGGACCCCACCGGCAUCCGACGACCUCGCCGCGGCCGACGACGAGCGCGCGUCGUCGCGGGGUUCCGCUUCCGGGACGACGCGCGCGAACGGACGCGCGCGCCCGCCGGGGAAGGUCGACCCGCCGUACAGGGUCUACGACCCGUGGGCGACCGCAAUCCGCGACAGCGACCGCGCCAGGACGACGACGACGACGACGACGGAGGCGAUGACGGAGGCGCCCGCCGGGGGACGGAGGCUCAGCCGCGACGGGUCGUUCGAGUGGCGCCAUCAUCGCGAGUAUUCACCCUUGCCGACGGUGGAGAGCGCCAAGUCGCUCCUCCUCUCCGGCGGCGACUCCGGAUCGUCGGUCGACAACCCGACGUCUCCCGACAAGGCCAUCGACCGCGGGGGUGGAGACGCCGCGAGCGUCUCGUCCGCGCCGGGGUCUCGACUCGGAGCGAUCGGCGGUCGCCCCAGGCACAGAGCCGCCGGCGGGCGCGGUCCCGACAACCCCAGGAGCGCGGCGCUCCGAGCGGACCCCGCCAGCGCGUCGUACCCCCUCCACGCGGCGGCGUACUACGGCGACGUCGAUGCGCUUCGACGCGCGCUUCACGACGCGAAAGCCGCGGAUAAGGCUUCCGGGAUCGACGGUGAGCACCCCGACAGCGCGCUGGCCACGUUGGAUCCGUGCGGCAACACCGCUUUGCACGUCGCCGUCGCGCGUCGUUCGAGGAGCGCGCUGUUGACGCUCCUGGAGGACGAGUUCGACUUUCCUCUGGACGCGCGUUCAUCCGCGGGGUGGACGCCGCUGCAGGAGGCGGUGCACAUGGGAUCGAGGACGAUGUGCAGGCAGCUGUUCGUGAAGACGAUGGACCGCGGCAAGCGGCAGUUUGACCGCAAGAAGCCCAAGCUGCUGGCGACGCUCGCGAGCCUUCCCGACUUUCGGAUGAAGAUCCACUGGGAGUUUGGCUCGAUGGUGUUCGGACCCAUCAUCCGCGCGUAUGCUCCGCAGGACACGUACGAGAUCACCAAGAGGGGCACGCAGCUCAGGAUAGACGGCACGUUGAAGGGGAUGGAGGACCCAGAUGAAAACGGGGGCGGCAUCCUGCCGCGGUGGCGAAGGGGGCGCUUCUCGCUGGUGUUCGAGGGUAAGGCUGGGGACUCGCGGCUGCUCUUCCUGGACCACGAGAAGCGCGAGUGCGUGGACGUCGGGAACGAGCCGGAGGAGACGGCGGAGGAGGAGCGGGAUCGAAUCGACAACGAGGUGGAUGUCAUGAUGGAGGAGGGCCCGACGAAGCGAAAGUACCGAGCAGACGACGUCAAUUUCAAACCCGUCAAGGCGUGGCUGGGCGGAAACAAGAAGGAGAAGGUCGGGGAAUGGAACACGGAGGUCUACGAGGCGUCCGGUAAGAUGGCCAAAAGGAAGGUGACGCGAAACGGCGCGUACAAGGUGAAUGGCACGUUCUCGGAGUACCUCGCGUCGUUCAAGGAGGGCGCCGCCGACAUAAUAGUCGAUCGGCGGGUGAACAACCUCGACGAGGCUGAGUCGGACGAGUCGGACGAUGCUAACGACGCGAAGACGCGCGAACAGAACGACGACGAGGGAGGCAUCGACGACAAAGGCGCCGGCGUCGGAAAGCCGCCCGAUCCUUCCCCCGAGCGACCGACCACGGCGGGUCCGGGUAGCACCCGACAGAGACCGAAACGGCCUCCCGCUCCUCCUCCUCCUGCUCCUCCUCCUCUGACAGCCAAACAGAAGUGGAAGAUGGAGCGCGCGCGCAAGAAGAAGGAAGGUAAGGAUGAGAAGCCCCGACGUGUCACCGCUAGGUGCUGGCUCGCCGAUGAGUUCCCGAUGACCGUUGACGACCUGCUCCCCAUCCUCGACGUGAUGUCGCAUGCGAACAAGCACCUGAACAAAGCCAACCGUCUUAUCCAGUACUGGCGCAAGGACCACGGGGCUUCCUUCCCGGUGAAGGUGCUGGUACCGAUCGCCAUGACCGUCUACGUCGUGAUGCGUUUCAAGGAUUUCGCGCGUCUGCCCGCCACGGAUGACGGCCUGUCGGGGCUGCCCCCGGGCCACUUUGACAUCCCGGCUGGGUUUGGAACGAUCCAAACGUACGGGUAA